UAAUAACCAUUGGUAGUAGCAGUAGUGACGCUAAGGUGAACUGUACCGACAGCUAGGAAUAUCUCCGACAUUUGAAUGAACCUGAAUGAAGUGUAUUCCUUCCGAACGACGAUGCAACGUGAAAUUUGCACCACGUUUUCCUGUGAUUGCACAUGUGCUGCCUUUGCGUGGGGUGGCUUCUCCCGCUGGAAGUUAUGCCAGGGGCAACCUAGAAUCAGCCGGAAUGGCUCCGCAGAAGCCCCCAAAUGUGCUGAUAUUCACUGAUGAAGAUGUCGGAUCCAACCAGCCUCGUUUUCACGCCGUGAAGGAAACCUUGAGCAUGUGCCUCAGCCCCGAUAACUACGCCAUUUAUCCUCUGUCUGAGAACCAGGUCAAAACUACUCCUUGGUUGACCAACACUAAACUCCUUAUUGUUGCAUGCAGUGAAAUGAGCAGCACAACAAGGCGCAUCAUUACUGAAUAUUUUCUACGUGGAGGGAAUAUUCUUGUCAUGGCUGCAAAACUAGACUUGCCUGGUGUUAGGCCACUGGAACACAUUUCAGGGCAUCAAGACAUUGCCAAAGUAACAUAUGACACUGCAGCAGACAUUGCCGUGCUGAGAGGUGAUGUAGUUUACCAGUUUGACCCAGGUACAAGAGUUAAAACUUUGGCAUGUGAUCAGGACGGUACCGGCCUCCUAUUUGAGCUGCGAGGACGUGGCAGCAACGGAUUAGCACUUUUAUCUCAGAUUCACCUGGAGUUUGAUCCUGUAUUCUUCAGUACAUCUGAGGAUGUGUUUGCAAAACUCAAGAAAGCAAAUGAGAGCAGGAUAUCGAUGUUGCGAAACAUACUGUCCACAUGCUUUCGCUUGAAUUGCAGCAUCAGUAUCUCCCACAAGUUGUCAACAGGGAAUGUGUUUGCAGCAGACAAGGCGGUGCUUCUGGAUUUUUUGUCUAGACCACAAACUACUUCUGGUGCAUUUGUGGAUGGCGGCAUCACUUUUCACUAUCUCACAGCAGACAAUGCCGCAUCGAUGGCACCUACAAUUGAUUGCUUGCCUGUGAUCAUCCCGUCUAGCGAUACAUUCUUCAGCUGUCCCUCUUUCAACAGUGCAAUUUACUUCACUGCAUUGAGGACACACAGCUUGGGCCGACUAGCCCUUUUUGUUGAAAACGUAACUACCACCAUGGCAGCUAUAAAAGCUUUACAAUCUGUCCAUGGAUCUAUUGCUAUUGCCACACGUCAGCUGAACGGAGUAGGUCGAGGAGGCAAUGCCUGGCUUGGCCCUGCUGGCUGUGCCAUGUUCACUGUGUGCCUGCAGUUGCCACUGCAUUCACCUCUGGGCCAAAGAAGCCCUUUUGUCCAGCAUCUUGCUGCCCUGGCUAUGGCCAAAGCUGUUCGUAGCACACAGGGCUAUGAGAUGGUAAAUGUCAGGGUGAAGUGGCCAAACGACAUUUACUAUGGGUCUCAUGUGAAAAUAGGAGGCGUCUUGGUCUCAUCAACGGUUAACAAGGAUGCCAUUACUUGCUUUAUAGGCUGUGGCUUGAACGUUUCAAACAGCCAACCAACUCUAUGCAUCAAUGACAUUGCAAAAGUAGUGUCCUGUAAAUUUAAUACGCAGCAAGUGGUUUGCCCGCUGACACCUGAAGAAGUCAUUGCUAAGGUGUUAAAUGAAAUAGAGUUUUUGGUGGCAACAUUCCAAAGUGGAGGGAGCAGCAUGGUAUUACAAGAGUACUACAAGUACUGGCUCCAUGGUGGCCAGGAAGUCACCCUGCAAGAUUUUGGAUGCAAGGCUUUGAUCAAAGGCUUGGAUGAUUAUGGCUACUUAUUGGCAGAGUGCUCGGGCAAGCUAUACAAAUUGCAGCCUGAUGGAAACAGCUUCGACCUUAUGAACAAUCUUAUUGUUACAAAAGUGUAGCAUUUAUCCGUGUUAUAACAUUCCUUACAUAGUUGAACCUCAGUGUAAUGAAGUUGCAUUUUCACCACAGAACUUGUUAAAUUAUCAACUGAUGCUUUUUCAUGCAAUAAUGUUUCCGCAACUGUACUCUGUACUGGUGACUCAUCUGUGGUGGAUGAGUGUACUUAAGAGUUCAACAGAAAUUUAAGCAAUACUGACACAGCUGAAGUGCUCAAACAGUCUAGUUAUUUAAUCGUCGGAGCUAUAGCUGCUGAAGCAAGGCUUAGAAAACUGAAGCUGACACAGUGAGACAGGCUUGUGGCUCCCAAAAUUUAUAGUGCAGCACAAUAGAGAAAUUUAGCCAAGGAUUUACAGUCAGCUCUACUCAGACCCAUGUAUCCUUAAAAAUGUGUACAUAGCCACUCAGUGGGAACGCCAGUGCAUGUACGGCCAAUGCACAUGUCGGCAGUGGAUGGCACAACACUGCCCUCGCUUCACUGCCGAGCUGAUUGAACAGAGCGUGAUGGUGCAUCCACUUGGUUUUAGUUGUUUUGCACUCGAACUGGCUGUGCCACUUGCAUCUCUGGAAGACUCACUUAUCAAAAAUGUGCAAUGAACGCAAAUCUCUGCAGUACCUGAGCGCAUGAAACAUGAGUGGAGCAGGCUCUGCUAAAACUCUCUAGUGUCUUAAAAGGAUAUGGAAGGGAACUUUUCAAUUGAACUACAAAAGAAAACAUUUCAGGAAUUGCGAAUAGGCUAGUCUCACCAUGAGCUGAGGCCUCUUGGCCAAAAAGCAUACAAAGGCAAAAGAUGGGUGGCACUGCUGUUGCACCACCUCCUUCUGUGUUCAUAGAUCUUUGCUGUUUCUAGCUGGGGCUUGUUAAUCAUUCAUUAGCAAAAUAUGAUUAGAUUGCAUUUUCAAAUGAGCAAGGACUCAACCUGCUACUUUUGUUAACUUUCCUAUGCACCCACCAUAUUAGCUUUGUGGCUAUGAUGUUCUGCAGCUGAGCACGAGGUCGUGGGUUCGAAUCCUGGCCAUGGUAGCUGCAUUUUGAUGGCAGCGAAACGUGAAUACACUCGUGUGCAUAGUCAAAUAAAUCCGGAGCCCUCCACUUCGCUACGAAGUUGCUUUGGGACUUUAAACCCCAUGAAUCAAAUCAAUCAACUUUACUUUCAAUAACCAACCUUCAAUUUUCCUACUAAUAAGCCAUCUUUAUCUGCCAAAUAGAUGCAGAAAUAGAUGCAGUCUUUUCAAUGUUCCUUUAAAGAACUGCGAGGUGUUGUUGAUGAAGUUGGCAAAGAAUAUUUCAUGCAAUAUCAUUGACACUAAUUCCUUGAAAGGAGUGGAUUGAUUGCUGGACACUUCUUUGAAUAGAUUGUGUGCAUGUCAUAUAUCAGUUUAUUGCCCAUGGACAUGUAAUUAGCUUUUUGCUUAUCAGCUAGCCCAAGGGUGUGGAAUUGAGUCCUGGUCGCAUUUUGAAAAACCCCAGGUGGUCAAAAUUAAUCCGGAAUGCCCCGUGCCUCUUAAUUAUAUCAUAGUUUUGGCACAUAAAAUUCUGGAAUUUGUUUAUAUUAAUAUCAGCUGUUGGCAUGUUAUGCAAGGGUCGGUCUGCAAUGUGUAUAAAUGUUGGGUUUCAGACAUUUUGAGUUAACAAGCUUAUGUGUAGAGUAUUUAGUCAUCAUCACCAGGCAAAAUGUUAUUUAUUAGUGCAUUGUGAGGAGUCGGGAAGUACAAAAGAUAAACUGCACAUUCUGUCCACUGGGUGGUUCCAACGACAUUCUAAAGUCAUAAAUAGCAGAAUAGCUGCUGCAGAAGCACUUUCUCACUAGUUGCGACACACUCGGCAGGAACUGGCACUGCAGGUGAGAUAGCUUGUGCAACCAGGAGUGCAUACUCCCCUCACAACAAAAGAAAGUCAAAGGAGCCCCAGCAGGUGGCAUGUUGUUCUGACGCGCACUCGUGUGAAAGCUAGGCACUUGCCAUGGCAGGGAGAAGUGUUAAGAAAAGGGCAUAAGGGAGGAGCAUGUUUAAAAUAUGUGAAAUGCUUGUAGCUUGGCAGUUGCUGUAAAUUUUUGGAAAAUUAUCCCCAGAGAAUAUUUUUUUAUAUAGUUUCAAAUUUGUCUUUUGGUAAUGUCCAGAUAGUACACAAGUGAUAGUGCUGCAAAGAACUGAGGUUCUGGCCAGGGUGGCACAAAAGCGAGAACUUGAAAACUGAAGAAUUGAUGCAGACUCUUUGCCCAUGACAGGUACACAUUAUGUGAAACAUUUUUACUGUAAUAAGCAGCAAUGAAUUGGUCAUAAGAACGUGUAAGGUAAACAUAACUGCUGAUGUAGUAUUUGGUGUGUGUUUUCUAAAGGGUAGCCACAUUUGUAAUUACUUUUUAAUAGCAUCAUGCAUGCAAAUAGCCCAAGAGUGUACUCUGUGUAAAUGCAAUAUAGACUUGCACUGUAUUUCAUGCUGUGAACAGUGAUAUAAGGGUAUCAACUAUGAUGAAAUACAUUUGUCACUGUCAUUCACUCUUGGCACGUAACCGUUGAUGGAAUCACUGGCUGACUAUUGUCUUUGUGCAUUUUAUAAAUAAAUUUGAUCUCAGGAACCCAGCAGAAUGGUGCGCUAACGACUUAGAUGACAUGGUCUAGUUUUUUCGUCUCUAUGUACCUCCCCCAGUGCAAGGUAGUACCAACUGAACUUGCGCCUGGUUAACCUCCUUGCUUUUCCUCCUUUUCUCAUUUUCUGUCUACAAGAUAUGUACAAAAUUAAAAUUUGCAAUAAUGUUGGAGCCUGAAAUGCUGUUUGCUUAGCUGUAGUUUUUUAAUGCUCUCUUAUGGAUCUUCUUUUUUUCCCUCAUUGCAAGUAUGCUGGAUGCUACAGUGGUGGACAGGACUGUAAUACCCGUCCGCUCUUGUGUAGACGCUUUACCUUUUUUAAAUAUUUAUUUUUAUGUGCUUUUGAGCAUGGGCUAUUCUUCCAGAAAGUUAAGUAAGUGGAUGAUACUAAAUGAUGGAAUAUGCCUAAGAUUGAAGUACAGAAAAACACGGACAAGGGUGCUUUAAAGGGACUUUCCAGUACUUUUUCAAGACAGUACUGACUAUGGCUCAUAUAAGAUUGAAAUGUUGUUUGAAGCAAAUGCAAAAACGGCAGGUUAUUCAACUAAGGAAUUGCAAAAUGCAAACCAACAGGAAGUUGCUUUUAGCCUUUAAUCACCAUUUUCACUCGCAUACUAUCGCAGCCUAUAUGAAGCGCCUAUCACUAUAUGCAUGGAGGGAAGUUCACAUGCCAUCAUUUCCUGUUCUUUGUAUGUUUCUAUAGGCGUUGAAGAUGGCACUGUUGCCACAUGCUGACAUCACCAUUUUCACUCGCAUACUAUCGCAGCCUAUAUGAAGCGCCUAUCACUAUAUGCAUGGAGGGAAGUUCACAUGCCAUCAUUUCCUGUUCUUUGUAUGUUUCUAUAGGCGUUGAAGAUGGCACUGUUGCCACAUGCUGACAACAACCAUGUUGAGUAAGCUAAAAGAAUGUUUAAACAACAGAAGUCAACACUUGCAAAAGAGAGACAGCUUGCCAAUGCAUGUCAGUUAUUUAUGGGAGCCAAUUUUCUUUCCUGUCUGUCUGUGCACACCUGCCCAUCUCUCCUGGCCAUUCUAGCCAUAGAGUUUCCUACAUAAGGGACUAAAGAGAACUCUGGCACUACGGUCAUUCAGCUACUAUAGCAGCAAUUGGUAGUAUACAUGGAUUUGUGCAAUCUUUGUGCUUAUGACAUUUUUUUUGUGCUUUAUUUUCAUGAAUUUACAAGCAAUUAUAGUUAUAAAUUUGGCUAGGCAGUAAGUCUUAGUUUAGUGCACAUGCCUAACUAUUGCAUAUAGUUGCCUUUAUAACACAAUAUAGUGUUGAAAAUGAACAGUUUACAAGUCUCAAAGCCAUCUGAAGCCAGAAGGAUGAAAUUUAGGCAAAUCCAUUUACCGCUCAUCAUUUCCAGGCUGGUUGAACCGGCAUGCUUGAGAUUCCCAUAGACACUAGUGCCAACGUUCCUUCUAGUAAUUUUUGUAGGAAACCGAUUCUAGCAACUCAGUCUUCACACCAACUGUGUGCUCUCCCUUCACUGGAUAAUUCCAUUCAUUUGGAGGUGGUCACUCCCAGUAAUGCAGCAAAUAUGUAAUGACAAAGCCCACUGUGGAUAAACCAGAGUGUGGUUUUCAACAAUUGUAAUGCUGAGGUUGAGAGAGCAUUCCACAGCCUGCUUUUUCCCUUCAGUUGUUGCAGGGCACAUUGAACCCAAUGAGAGGUUGUGUGUAGGCUUGAUCACGGCUAUGAAGUUGUGCUGCAUGGUUGUAACAAGACACAAGGGGACAUGAUCACACACAGAUCCUCCUGUGUGUGUGAUGGUGCUUCUUCGUUUGUGUCUUACAUUUAUGCAGUGCAACUUCACAGCCAUGAUACUAAACCUGUUACCCAAACCACCUUCACAUUCCAAUGGGCAACUGCUCUAUUUGUGCAACACUAUUUCAUCUAGCCUUCCUGCCACUGAAGAUCCUGUGGCUCUGUGCACAGAUAUUUUUUUUUCCUGCUGACUAUAACGGGUGCAUUUUUCAUGGCUGCAUUUGUGCACAUGCAGAUGCGCUUGUCCAGUUAUGAGUGCAAAUGUGGUUGCAUUUAAUAACUAACCACCUGUGCUUUUAGCACUGCACUGCACACAUUCUUGCUUGUGUGUCUUUUCUGAGGACAAAAUUUUUGGCAUCUGUGCAGCUACCAUGCUUGCCAUAAAAAAAAAAAAAGCCAUCUUAAUAGAAACAGCUGAAUGCAGCCUUGGAUCUUUUGCUACCCAUAACAGUGGUUCAGUGGCUAUGGCAUUCUGGUGCUCAGCAGCAGAGUGGCCUCCUAUAGACACCUUGCCUUGCUUUAGUAUGUCGAAUCCCAAGAUUCAAUCAUUUCCUACUAAGCCCAUGUAGGCUGAAGGCUGGCAGAUUGCAUAGAUGCAUUUUGCUGAUUACUUAUGUGUGGUAAGGAAACCUUGCAUUUCCUUAGCUUCCUUGUGUAAGCUGCCUAUAUGAAUGUGCAAUGCACACAGUCCUUGUUAAGUCAAAAGAGCAGUGCAGGCUUGCUUUGCCAAACGAAGAAAAAUGUGUUUGUUAGUUCGCUAGACCACAAUUUCAUUGCAUUGAGGUUCAUUAUGUUGAGAUUUGACUGUGUCGUGCCUUAUAGUUUUCUUGCCACCAAAGACUCAUUAUUAUUUAUGCUUAUCUUUCUUUCUCUUUUUUUUUUCCUUUUGCUAAACACAAGAGAGUGAUUGAAAAGAUUGCAUUCCAUAAUUUGUAUGCACAAAGAACAUGUUCUAAGAAACAUGUUCAAAAUUCAUAGUCAUGACAGUCUUUCACAAAUAAUUGUUUGUUGUUGGCAUAAAUUGUGGCUUGUAGUGCAUUUAUGUGUACAGUAUAAGUUAGGAAAAAUGCCCAUGUUUAGGCUACUUUUGUUAUGUGGUAUUCUUUAUUUCCCUGCUGCAUUAGUACACAAAACGUUUAUUUUCAUAAGCUUCCUCUAAAUGGGUGCAGAAGCUUUCUUUCCCACCAUUUUACUGGUUUGAUCUUCAUGACCUCUGGUGGAGGUGCUACUGUGUUGUGGAACUUUAUGUUGGUCUACUACACCUGGAAUGCCUUUAUUUUCUACAGGAAUUCUUCAGCAUUUCUCUGCUUUGUCCAGUCAAACAUUUUUAUUUCAAAGCACAGAUUUAAUACUCUACAAUGUAGCUCAGCCCGUGUUAGCUGAUGCUGGCAGCUGGGUUAGUUUUAAAAUCUUUUGGCUUUAACCUAUUGGGGCCUGCUUUGCGACAUUUAUAUGUUUGUAGUUUUUACCCUGCCAAUAUUUGUUACCCAUUGUGAUAUUUGUUUUAAAUAAACAGUAUUUUGAAAGAA